AUGCGACCGCGUCGCUUUCGACAGUUCACAACCCGGACUAAGGAAUGGGAGACAUUCCAGGACCUGGUCCCAUCUUUACCACCAGCCCCGUUGACAUCGCCCCUAUUUACCGUUUUCCCCCCUGAGAUCCGCAAUCGCAUUUACACGCUUGCGCUUGAGUCCGAGGACGUUCUGCCGGACAAAGAUUCUCACUCUCUCUAUCAGCAAAAUGACUUCUACUACCGGCCCGGGUACAAGCAGCCUAAGCGCAUCCAGACUGCCCUCCUCCAGACAUGCCAGCAAAUCUACGGCGAGGCAUCCCUCCUCCCGCCAGCAGUGAAUGAGCAUACUUUUUGGUUUUAUCGAUCCCCGCCGCAUGUCAAUGAUGCCUCGUCACCGCUCAAUUACUUUCGCAAAAUGACUCCAAAACAGCGAGCUCAGGUGCAACAUCUACACUUAUUCACCCAACAGUAUUUCCUGGAGGACAAUGAUUGGUCCCAGAUAUGGAAUGGACUAAUAAUAAGCAGCAAUGGGCCCGGCUUGCCAGAGUGCAGGAUCGCACCGAAGAAGAUCACCAUCACGCUUCGGCACACGGACUGGUGGUUCUGGGAGAACAACGACCCUCUGGGUAUCGAUCCGUUCCGUCCCGGGAGGACCCACGCAGCCCAGAUGGGCGAGGCUGUUUCCGCAGAUGACGCAGCUCGAGCAUGGGGAAAUCGAUUCAGCUCAAUCCCCUGUCUUGAGGAACUGGUGAUCGAAUUCGAGACAAUUAUGCGGAAGAGAGACCAACUAGAUUCUAUCCUACUAUCAGCUCUCGAGUGGAAGUUUCCCGUGCAAGCUGACAAGGGUUUGUAUUUGAUAUCUGAUCCUAAGUCAAAGAGUGCGUAUACGUGGGUUGGGGCGAAAGAGGCCGAGUUGAAAAUGCAUAGACGGGCCAGGCCCUUCGAUCUGGACACUGAGACAGGACCUGAAUCUGGCCAGGAGCAGGAAACGGUUCCUGCAGCCCCAAAUUUGGUGCCAUUUGAUCCUCAAUCCCUUUCAAGCACAAAUAACACCACUGGUCUUGCAGACCGUCCUCAGCCACCUGACGCAGAUUCGGAGUUCUAUGUUGUCUUCUUGACUUGGAGGAAACACCGAGUGCAGGAGUAG